AUGCAUCCAACCUCAAUCAUAUAUGCAAACCAUUUCAGGCAGUCUAGUCUAGAUCAAUUAUCAUGUCAUCCCUAUCAACUCCUUGCUAAUGCUGCAUUUCUUUUGAUUCUGAAGAAUAUUCAACGAAUUGCUAGGCUUUAUAGAGAUGAAGAGUUCUAUUUAAAUUUAAAAGUUCAAAGAAAACAGCCGUUGGAAGAGGACUAUAAAAGAAAUAUUGCAAAUGCUCUUGCAAUGAGUGAAAUAGCUGAAAGUGGAAUUGGAUGAUGAAGACGAUGCAGCACUGAGUUUUCUUUAGGGAAAAAGCUGAAAUCUUAA